AUGGAUAGGCUUCAUGGCCGCGCCGCUGUGAAUAAAACAAGAAAGAGAAAUUUUCAGGCUGGGAAUAAGGCGCUACAAGAUUCUGCGGCUGAUGGUGCUGCCUGCUCUUCUCUUGCCCGCCGUGAACAUUCUAUCAGAGAAAAUGAAGCCUCAAGGAGCAAGAUAUUUAAAAGAUCCGAUGUAAGGUACCCGAUUAAUAGUUGCACUGCACGAGGAACUGAUAUGGAUUAUCACAAGAUGAAGAGUGCCGAUUUGCCAGGGAACCUGGAAGAAGUAUACCAGAAUGGCCACCUCUCUUUGCAGAAGUCGGAAGAAUAUAAGGAAAAUGAAAAUGUAUCUUCUCUCAACUCCAGCAGUUUACAGGAGGGAAGAAGGAGAAGGAAAAAAAGAGGCGGGAAAAGGCAUAAUCGUCGCAAAAAGGCUACUUCACAGGAUUCUCCUGCACCAACUUCUGCUGAUAAUUCUGGUUUGAUGAUGUUCCUUUCUGAGAACUGUAUUUCAGGUCUUAAACCAGAGGAACAGAGGAAGAAGCAAGAUCAGAAGAAGGCACCCAUGACUAACUUAGUUUUAGUCAACAAUGCAAAGAAAUCAGGACCAUUUGCUGUGAAUUUGGAAGGCGCUAUUGAAAAGAGCUGUGAACUGGGAACGAAUAGUUUGUGUUGA